UAAAAAGUUUUUGACGUUGCGGCUGCGGCUGCAUUUUAUGUUUUUGUCCAUUUUUAAUCGUUUCACUCACCUUUAGAAAAACUGUAGUCUUUGGAUUAUCCAAACGUUUAAUGAAACAUUUAAUAUGGAGAUAAAAAGUGAAUUGGAUUUAAGUGGUAAAUUAAUAAUUAAGGUACAACUAGGAGACGAUAUUAGAAGAAUUCCGAUUCACAACGAAUCUCUAACAUACGAUGAAUUGGUUUUAAUGAUGCAGAGGGUGUUUAGGGGCAAAUUAUCGGCAAAUGAUGACAUCACAAUCAAAUACAAAGAUGAAGAUGGUGAUCUAAUUACGAUAUUUGAGAGUAAUGACUUGUCAUUUGCUAUACAGUGCAGCAGGAUCUUAAAAUUACAAAUAUUACUUAAUUCCGAUAUGAAAAAUGAUUCUAGUAGUGCAUUAUCAUCGAACGAGGUUACUAAUUUGAAAAAGCAGCUCAGAAAUAUACGAGAUCAAGUGAAUACGUUGCUUGAUACAAUAGAUGUACAAGAAACAAAGGCAGUGAAUAGUGGGCAUCCAGAAUCUGGAGAUGCUUCAAACUUAGAUUUGAACCAGUCCAGUUCCUCUAUGAAUAAGGUUAAUUCCAGCGAAUUUGAUCCACUUCAAGAUAAGACCCAAAAAAAUGGGACUGAAGAUGUUAAAGAUAAUUCCAAACCGUCUACUCCACAGAUUAACAAUGAAGGUGCUGGCAGUCGACCACAGUCUGUAUCUAUGACCACAACACCCGGACAACAGUCCGUGGUUACAUCUGCGGCCAAUCCACAUGCCAUGACUGAUUAUUUUGGAAGAUCCUCGAGUGCUGGAAAUUUCCCUGGCAUGCAGUACAGCUCGUUGCCUUAUCCACAACAGUAUAAUUUUCAAUCUACUGGACGCUAUGUGCCCCAAGUGAUGGACAGCUCGCAGGUGCCGAGCUCCAAUGCUUACUCCAACCCGUCACAAGCUAGCUUGGCAUACCCCCAACAACAGCAGUAUGGCCACCCGCCAGUGGUGUACCCAGCUUCAGCUCAAGGCAACCCCUACUCGAAGGGCUUUACUCAACCGUCGCCCCAGCAUGGGUUCAUGCCCCCUCGUCAAUAGACAGCCUCCUCUUCUCUCCCACCACCCUCUCCCGAACUCUUUAACGAGAUUUUAUUUAAGAUUUUAAACUGGAUACAUUUUUAGUGGUCGUUUAAAAAAAAGGAAUUUGUAUGUUAACUGAUGAUA